CAUCGAAGAACUUCUAUCCAGUGAGUGUGCAAAUUUGCAGAGUGAACCUCUGCUGUGUUGUGUGUACUGCAGCGCUCGAGGUUCAUCAACAUUUUACUCGAUCGUUUCAUUUACUUUUACCCGAUAGGAAUCCUGUCGUUACUGCACUGCCUUUCUAUAGCGAGGGAAAAUUCGUUAAGCAACUUUGAAAAAUAUGGAUAGAUUAUUACGACUGGGCGGUGGAUUGCCGAGCUUGGGGCAAGGUCCACCACCAACCGACGCUCCUGUUGUAGACACUGCUGAGCAGGUUUAUAUAUCUUCCUUGGCACUUCUUAAAAUGUUAAAACACGGAAGAGCCGGUGUUCCCAUGGAAGUCAUGGGUUUGAUGUUGGGUGAAUUUGUUGAUGAUUACACUGUCAGAGUUAUUGAUGUAUUCGCUAUGCCACAGACUGGAACUGGUGUCAGUGUAGAAGCAGUGGAUCCUGUAUUUCAAGCAAAAAUGUUGGAUAUGCUGAAGCAAACUGGUAGACCCGAAAUGGUAGUCGGUUGGUACCAUUCACAUCCUGGUUUUGGUUGUUGGUUAUCAGGUGUUGACAUAAACACACAACAAUCUUUUGAAGCUCUUAGUGAAAGAGCAGUUGCUGUUGUAAUUGACCCGAUCCAGUCAGUAAAAGGAAAAGUUGUUAUAGAUGCUUUUAGAUUAAUCAACCCUAAUAUGAUGGUACUAGGUCAGGAACCUCGUCAAACAACAUCUAAUUUAGGUCAUCUUCAAAAACCAUCAGUUCAAGCACUGAUACAUGGAUUAAAUAGACAUUACUAUAGCAUAAGCAUUAAUUAUCGUAAAAAUGAACUUGAACAGAAAAUGUUACUUAAUUUACACAAAAAGACUUGGAUGGAUGGUUUAACUCUGGCUGAGUAUUCUGAACAUUGUAAAUUCAAUGAAAAUAUUGUUCAAGAAAUGCUUGAACUUGCCAAAAAUUACAACAAAGCUCUUGAAGAUGAAGAAAAAAUGACUCCAGAGCAGCUAGCUAUCAAAAACGUUGGUAAACAAGAUCCUAAGCGUCAUUUGGAAGAAAAAGUUGAUAAUCUGAUGACAACAAAUAUCGUCCAAUGUUUAGGAGCAAUGCUUGAUACUGUUGUUUUUAAAUAAUUCGACUGAGUAGUCUUAAAAAUUACCCAUUCAAAAAAUAUAUAUUAUGGAUACAUACAACUUUUAUUAAUAUUUUUUGUACUGAUCCAAUUAAUAUUUGCCAGAAGAAAUUGUGUAAAAUUAAUAAGCCUUGU